UAUGAGAAGUCUCAGCAUGCAAAAGGGCGUUAAAAGAGUCCCUGAAAACCUGGUAAAUUCUGCUGCAGCUCUUUCUAAUUAUAAUAAGUAUCGAGCACACAGAGUUAAUAAGGAUUAUACUCCUACUCGCAAAGUCACCCAACUAGGCAACCUAAAUGACAAUUUCCUUUCAGCUGCAGAGGGAUAUAAUAUUGGUGUAUCUGAUCAAGAAGAAGGGAAACAAAAAUAACGUUCUUUCAUCUCUUUGUGGACUCCCAAAAGCUUUCCAAGGAAAGAAGUUAAAUCCAAUUCCUAAAGGCUACGUUCCAAAAAUGGAGAAAAAUACAGAUGGUUUGAGCAAUUCGAAGGCUAAUAUUAACCCUCUUCGGAAAUUGGAAAAUAUGAGCACUAGCUACUCGAAAUUGAGGAAUACAAGCUAUAGUCUCUUUAACGAUCCUUCAGACACUGAAUCAGGAAUUCCACCAAUAGACAAUCCAGAGAGUAAAUAAAGCUGAUAAGAAUGUGCUAAAAUUGGCAGAGGAAACAUUGAGCUUUAUUGAUAGAGAGCUCACAAAAUCAUAUAAAGUAACAAGUAUCGGCCAAGAGAGACCUCCAAAAUGUUCUCCAAAUGGUGAAAUGCUUCAGUCUAUUAAGGAAGAAAGCUUCAAAUUACAAGACACUCCUCAAAAACGAAGGAAUCCACUGAAAUCCUUAAGACAGUUAAAGACAUACAGUUCAAAUCACCCAAUGCUGAAUACGUCAACUGGGAAAAUAAACCUCACUUCUAGCAACGAUGAAACAGAAUCGACAACAGCAAGUUUUGGGAUUUAAUUAUUUUAGAAAGAGCAACUCAAAAUGUACACUUCAGAAUUGCCACUCCCUAAAGGUUACCAGUGAUCAUGAGAUACAGUUAAUCGAGAAGUCAUUGAUAAUCGGAAUCAAAGAUAUCAACGACACUUACCUUGCCAGUAUUGGUGAAAGUGACACAGGUGUUAUCCCCUCCCUGAGCAACUUCAACGGAACUAUGGAAUAUGACUCUGAGAGUAGGGAGCAAUUUCAGAAAUUAGUGGUACUCUACUCUCAUACAAUGGAUAGUAUUAUGGCCCAUGAUAAUAGGUACAAAAAUAUCUUCCAGAUCCUCAAGACUGGCUGCAUUCAAACCUUAGCAGCCCAAAAUAAAGCUUUAGAAAACAUGAUGGCUAAAUUCCAGGGAAAAACUAGACAGCUAGAAAUUCAAUGAAGGUCGAAGAACAAAGAACUUGAGAUUAGUACCAAAGAGCUCAAAAGACUCCGAGCGGAAAAGGAUCAGCUCUUGGAAAGACUAAAGAAAACUCCCAGUAAUAUUUCUCUUAUGAACCAGAAAGGGAAGUCCUAUAGCUCUCGUAGCUUUACUUCAAAUUCUCCUGGCAAACCUACUAGCAGGAAGACAUAUCGUAAAGAAGUCGAAUCUGAUUUGCUCAAGUUUAUCAUGUUUCUUGAAGAAAAGGCUAUCCCAGUGAUAAAGAUCUAUAGAGAAGAAUAUCAAAAGAUUAAGGACAAGAACAAGAAUUAUAUUAAAUAUGACAUUAACUUGAAAAAGCUUAAAUCUGAUUUGUUUGGGAAUAACUCUCCUUUGAAGAAUAAGCCAGCUCCCAAGCCAGAUAAUUACUUUAGCAAGAAUCUGUUGAACAACCAGAUUUCUAUGGCAGGUAUGUCAAAGAAAGCCAAGGUUGAAGGACAUGAUAAUACUCCUUCAAGAAUUUCAAAUAAUAAUUGAUCAGAGAUAGGAAGGAUGUCCUUUCAUAGUGAGGAUAGCUUCCACCCUCUUAACUAUGGGCCUCCUGUUUCCCAAGAGAAGCCUUCUUGAGUCCCUACUUUGAGCUUAAAUGCGAUUGAUAAAUAUUUCAAUUAUUAUUAA